AUGUGCACUGUUUAUUUUUUAUUUUGUUUGUUUAAUAAUAUUUCUUCAGUAUUAAUAAGAACUUCGUGGAGCUUGUUGUGGAAUUAAAAUCUAUAAUUAUGGUUUUUCUUUGUGCGCACAAAAAGCGCCUUGGUGGCAUUUAAAAAUCCAGAACAGAUUUUUUUUUCUGUUGCUCAUUUUACAGCCGGUCAGUUUUUAUGAUUUUUUAAGUAGAGAAAAAAAAUAUUUAUAUACAUUUAUAAACAAGAGAAAAUUAUUUCAAGAAGAAAAAAAAAACCUGGAAGUCGGAAGCGCUCGCGUGCGUGCGGGAGAGAAAGGGGUUAAGGAGAGUUUCAGGAUGGAAGAGAAAGAUCAGAGCAGCAGAGAUGCAGGAGAUGAAUCCAACAGAGCCAUCCUGCCUUUACUCGAGCCUCCAGGAAACCUGCACCGGAUCACCAACUUCUACAUCGACAACAUUUUGCGGCCGGACUUCGGACGCAGGAAAGAAAGCAGCAGCGCCGCCGCCGUCAGUGCGACCGAGCGCAGCGACAUUAACGCGUCUGGAAGAGAGAACCGGUGUCCUUCAGAGGCGGAGACCGACACAGAGCGAGCAGCAUCACCGGGAUCGGGUGAAGGAGCAUCAAACUCCGUGGUUAGCGGUUCGAAGCCCGGGGCGGAAAGCGACGGGGAUCAAUGCGCAAACUCGCCGAAUAACCAGCCGAUGCUGUGGCCAGCGUGGGUUUACUGCACCAGAUACUCGGACAGACCCUCUUCAGGGCCCCGAUCGCGCAAACCAAAGAAGAAGACUGUGACCCGGGAGGAUAAGCGGCCCCGCACGGCCUUCACAGCGGAGCAGCUGCAGCGGCUGAAGUCGGAGUUCCAGUCGAACCGGUACCUGACGGAGCAGAGGAGGCAAAGCCUCGCCACCGAACUGCAGCUCAACGAGGCCCAGAUCAAAAUCUGGUUCCAGAACAAAAGGGCCAAAAUCAAGAAGGCGUCGGGGAACAAGAACACGUUGGCACUGCACCUGAUGGCGCAGGGGCUGUACAACCACGCCACCACCUCCACCUCCUCCUCCUCCACUAAGGACGACAAAUCAGACAGCGACUGAUCCCCAGCGCGUCAUAACGCGUCAUAACGCGCGCAGAGACCUGAACCGUGAGCGGCCUGGGUGCUGUGAGAAACAAACCAGCGGAAAAGAGACUGGAUGAGAUUUUUAUCACUCUGCAAUAUACCUUUAUGUAGCCUUUAAUUUUAUGUGCUGUGAGUUUGAUCUCCGUUUUGUUUUUAUUGUUAUUAUUAUUAUUAUUAUUAAUAUUAUUAUUUGAUUUGUUUUCUCUGCUGUCCACACAGAUGAAGUCACACUCAGAGAAAACGGUACUACAUGGUACCUCAUGGCUGUAUUGUGGUGCCAUCAAGCGUACACUUUCAGUACCUUUAGGUCCGGUGAAAUCCUUUUGGGUUUUUUUUUUAUUAAAAGUCAAACUUCUACAUUUCCAGGUGAACCGCUGAGAUUCACUUCGGUACCUUUUUCUUCUCGGAGUGUUUGUGAGGUGGAAUUUCGAGCAAAGCGCUUCUGAGUGACUCCUGAUCGUCUUUAAUCCAUGCUGAAGUCCAAAGAGUUGUUCAUUUCCUUGCUGUAUUCAGGCAACUGUGAUUUAAAACGAAAGAAAAAAGAAAAGUUUAUGACCGUUUUCCAUGUUUUCAUAUCUAAUCUUAUGAUUCCUGAAGAAUAUUUUUUAAGUUUGAUGGAUUUUGUGUUACACCGGAUUUGUUUUUUUUUUGUUAAGAAGUCACACAGCACAUGGAGAAGUGUGUACACGUUAUACACAUUAUACUGUAUUUAUAGGUUUAUAAGCAAAAUGUCUAUUUAACUUUGUUACAGGAAACACGUCAAUAUUAUGUUCGCACGCAACACGAUCUCGCGCCAGAAACGAUGGAAGAAUUCGUAUGAUGAAAAGACGCAGUGGGCGUGGCUUAGCUACUGGGGCAUUUAGUCAAACAUUUUUUUGGAAGUCAUACGAAUUUUUCACAAUUUUAUAUUUGUGCGUGAAAUCGUGUUGUUCAGACAGAUAUUAAUAUAAUUCUUUCAUUUUCAGGUUCAGACAACUGAAUGACGAAGUCGCAUAAUGAAUGGAAACACUUGACCUAUGAAUUCUUUCUUUCUUUCAUUCUUUUUUUUUCUUUCUUGGCUGAAAAUUUUCACCAAUCCAUUAAUGCAUUCUUUUCUUUUUUUACCUCCUUCCUUCCCACAUUAUUCAGAAAUUCGGUUAGUUUUUAUUUUUCCUUCUUUUUGUCAGUCUCUCUUCAUUUAAAAAAAAAAUAUUUCAUUCUUUCUGUGCGUUUUUCCCAAAGCAAUAAUUAUUUUGAGCUUGUUGAGUGUGAGAUCAUCACGUGUUUGAAGAAAGUCUCAGACAGCAGAUUUCGAGCGCCUCGAUUCAAUUUCAGAGUCGAAAAAAACAAAAAAAACUUCUCAGCUUCACUUUUAACCCGUGUGUCACUUCCUGCAUUGGAUUGUUCACAAGAGUUUCUACAAAUUUGUAUUCGUUUUUACGGUUUUCUUUCUUUUCAUUUCAUCAUGCAAUAAUUACGAGACCAGAACAGUUGAAGAAACCAAAUUGUGACCUUUGAUUUGGUGUGAAAUGCGUCCUGUUGUAAUUGUUGUGGAAUAAAAAGAAGAAGUGUGUAUGAUGGAUCCAUUCACCAAACAAACACACACUUUGCCUUAAAGUUUU